GACCUGCAGGAUGCAGUGCAGCAGGAGUGCAUUGAGCUGCAGGAGCAGCGGGGCGACCGCCGGGAGCUGGAGGAGACCCUGGAGAAGCUGGAGCAGCACAGGAUGGAGCUGGAGGAGCAGCUCAAACUGACCAGGCUGGAGUGUGUCCAAGCGAGCCAGCAGGUGAGAUACACACAGAGACGACAGCUGCUGUGGCUGCUGUUAGGGGGGAAUUCAGACUUAAGUUACACGCAUGUAAAUUGAAUUUAAUUCCCUUUUAAUGCACUUUUCACUCUACGCGUAUUCAGACCUUGAACUUAAACAUGCCAGCCAGUUAUACGUUUGGGGCGGAGAUUACAUAAAUGGAGGUGUGGCAGAGGUGUGUCAGUAAUACCAACAUAAAUAAUAUCACUUUAGUGUUAGUUUCCUUCAAUUUGUAGCCUACAUUUUACAUCAUCCCAUUACGUCAUUAGUUUACCUUUAUUUCCUCUGUCAUGCCCGUGUGGUUGUUCCUGAGGAUCGCUAACAAUAGUGGAUCAUAUUAAGCUAAUGUGUUACAAGUUGUGCAAUAAUUUGAGACAUGUAGCUUAUUUGAAUCAUUAUGGAACGCAGACCAUACAUAGCAGUUCGCACUGUUCACGACGACUGGACCGUUGUCAUCACAGUUCCAUGAUUAGUGAAGGUAGAUUUAUAGGAUUAUUGUUCAACCCCUAUUGUACACUUAUCUCACCUUCCAAUAUGUCAUGGAUUGAACAAUUGAAUAUAGCAACUUUCAGGAUGACUCAAACCACUGUCUUUUUGAUUCACCAAUAUACACUAUAUGUACAAAAGUAUGUGGACAACCCUUCAAAUUAUUGGAUUCGACUACUUCAGCCACACCCAUUGCUGACAGGUGUAUAAAAUCGAGCACACAACCAUGCAAUCUCCAUAGAGAAACAUUGGCAGUAGAAUGGCCUUACUGAAGAGCUCAGUGACUUUCAACGUGGCACCGUCAUAGGAUGCCACCUUUCCAACAAGUCAGUUCGUCAAAUUUCUGCCCUGCUAGAGCUUCCCCGGUCAACUGUUUGUCCCCUGAAAAAAAAAAGAAACUGUUUGUCCCCUGUAGCUCAGUUGGUAGAGCGUGGCGCUUGCAACGCCAGGGUUGGGGGUUUGUUUCCCACGGGGGGCCAGUAUGAAAAUGUAUGCACUCACUAACUGUAAGUCGCUCUGGAUAAGAGCGUCUGCUAAAUUACUAAAAUGUAAAACUGUAAGUGCUGUUAUUGUGAAGUGAAAAUGUUUAGGAGCAAGCUCACAGAACGGGACCGCCGAGUGCUGAAGCGUGUAGCGCGUAAAAAUCGUCUGUCCUCGGUUGCAACACUCACUAACGAGUUCCAAACUGCCUCUGGAAGCAACGUCAGUACAAUAACGUCUUUGUUAGGAGCUUCAUUAAAUGGGUUUCCAUGGCCGAGCAGCCGCACACAAGCCUAAGAUCACCAUGCGCAAUGCCAAGUGUCGGCUGGAGUGGUGUACAGCUCGCCGCCAUUGGACUCUGGAGCAGUGGAAACGCGUUCUCUGGAGUGAUGAAUAAUGCUUCACCAUCUGGCAGUCCGACGGACAAAUCUGGGUUUGGCGGAUGCCAGGAGAAUGCUACCUGCCCCAAUGCAUAGUGCCAACUGAAAAGUUUGGUGGAGGAAGAAUAAUGGUCUGGGGCUGUUUUUAAUGUUUAAUUGUUUGGGCUAGGCCCCUUAGUUCCAGUGAAGGGAAAUCUUAACGCUACAGCAUACAAUGACAUUCUAGACAAUUCUGUGCUUCCAACUUUGUGCCAACAGUUUGGGGAAGGCCCUUUUCUGUUUCAGCAUGACAAUGCCCCCGUGCACAAAGCGAGGUCCAUACAGAAAUGAUUUUCUGAGAUCGGUGUGGAAGAACUUGACUGGCCUGCACAGAGCCCUGACCUCAACCCCAUCGAACACCUUUGGGAUGAAUUUGAACGCCGACUGCGAGCCAGGACUAAUCGCCCAACAUCAGUGCCUGACCUCACUAAUGUUCUUGUGGCUGAAUGGAAGCAAGUCCCCUCAACAAUGUUCCAACAUCUAGUGGAAUGCCUUCCCAGAAGAGUGGAGGUUGUUAUAGCAGCAAAGGGGUGACCAACUCCAUAUUAAUGCCCAUGAUUUUAGAAUGAGAUGUUCAACGAGCAGGUGUCCACAUACUUUUGGUCAUGUAGUAUAUUGUUUUGUGUAAAGGCUCUCCAUCCCUGUUUUUGUAUGAUUCAUAAAGACUUUCCUAACCCUAAAUAAUCUACAAGAUCAGAGUAUUUUUACAUCUACUAAUUGGUGCUGAAAAGCUUUCAUGGAUCCCUAAUAUUCCGAACCCGUUCACUCGAUUCUAGUGAGCCUGUCGAGAAAAUUCAUAUUAAAGGUACACAGUAUUUAAAGGGAUGGCUUAAGAUAAAUGUACUGAAAACCCUAUUGAAUGAAAACUCAACGAGAAAAUCUGUUGGCCAACAAGUGGGAGGGUUUUCAGCGGUUAAAUAACAUUUAUUCAGUGCGCGCAAGGGAGCCACACCUUUCUGAAUCAGCCUCUUACUGAAUAAAACAUAACAAAUACCGUUUUUAUGAGUGAUGAUCAUUUGUAUCAGUGAAAGUUUAUUGCACAUUUUAUAAUUUUUAUGCAGUCAUCUAUGCUUUGCUGGUGAGACACUGAACAACAAAGACCUUUACCAACCAUAGACAGAUUUGGGGCUGGAUUCAAUCCGUUGCGUCGAAGAUCAGCAUUGUAGCAUGGUUGAAAUGUAAAGAUAAUUUUCGAUUGAGCCGACAUAUGCAGCGUUUACCGUGAACGCAGUCUCUGCGAACAUGGAAACGUUGCCUUUAAAUUUCAAUCACACCACAACGCUGAUCUUCGGCACUACAAAUUGAAUCCAAUUUUUAUGCAGUCAUCUAUGCUUUGCUGGUGAGACACUGAACAACAAAGACCUUUACCAACCAUAGACAGAUUUAGUUGGUUUGUGGUCAAUUCAGACCUCUUCUCCAAUCUUCAAAUGAAUAAAGAUUAUAUUCAUCCAUGUUAUCAUUGCUACCCUUCACGGCUCCCACGUUAGCUCCCUCUGACUCUGCUGUCUCCUUCUUCUAUCCUCCUCUGUCCCACUUCUUCCCUCCUUACAGAUUCUUUCCCUGCAGGCGGAGGAGGUGGCCAGGGAAACAAAGGUGGAGGAGUAUGAGCGUGAGCUGGCCCGUGCCAGGAGGAAACUCAAACAGCUGAAGAUGGAGGUCAGACGGGCCCAGGGGAAGGUGGAGGAGGCGGGCGAACGCACCAUCCCGCUCGAGGAGUCCAUCAGCCAAUCAUAUGAGGAGAUUUUACAGGUGGAUGUGUUUUAAUUGAAGACCCAUCCCUUCCAAAUAUGUCCCACUCUGGUUAUAAACUCAUUGUCCUUCAAAAAAUGAUUGCUAUGGAAAGAUUGGAUUGAUGACAGCAUUACAAUAGGCUAGUCUUUCAUGAGUUCAUUGAUCCAGUCCUGCAGUCAUAAAAAGGGACAGUGGUCACAAAAGACAGCAUACAAGCCCUGGGCUAUGGUCACAAGGGAGAGUAUUCGAGCUGGUAAAGCCCAUUAAGAGAAUUCGACCAUGGCCUCUUAUUUUCCUGCCACUGUGUCUCCUGCUAUUCUCCUCAUGUGGCAGCUGGAACCCUGGAAGUAAGAUAGCCUCACUUGCCCGGCUUCUAGGGUUUUCCUAGAAUGCCAGGAUGUAGAGCAAAUAUGAGAAUAUGGUAUCAUGCUAUAUGCGGGUGUGACCAACUGAGGUUCAAAUCCAGGUUUCCUCUGUGUUAGCCCGCUGAGCUAAAGCUUCAGGUCUCAGGCGAAGGUACUCAUCACAGGAACGUGGUUCCAAACCACCUCUGUUACAUGAGACUACUAAUAUACAGCGGCUCAGUCAGACCGGUAGGUGGGGGAUUCUGUGUUAUUUCAGUCCCCUGCUGACAUGCCCCCAGUGUAUUGAUCUGUGUUGUCACGGGACUGGAGGGUGAAGAGGCUGGUUGCAUUGAUCCGUUGUGUGUGUCAUUGAUCCUCCAUGUUGAUUUUUGCUCCUUUUAAUCAUUAUGUCUCAUGAGAAAAGCCUUCAAGCUGUAGUAGACCGAUAUUUCAUAUCAGCUGGAUUCCUUUUGUUUGCUGAUGAUGUACCAGACAUAAUCUUUAAACAGAUAACAGUCAUUGAUUCAGGGAGAGUUCAAAAGGUCUAUGUUAUUGGAUAAAGACAAGCACAAGGUCUUUCAAUAGCCGUGUGCCUGGUGUAACAGUACUCUUCUUGCGUUGUGUAUUAUCAAUCAUCAACACGAACGCCAUCUUGUAACACCAGUCAUGGAGCUUUAUUCUGAUAGGAACAGCACAAAAUUGCACGUCAUGCAAUGCACGGCUCACCAUCCAACUCUGCACUCACGCACGCUGGUUUGGUGCUUGUUCACUGGGGCAUGUAGUUACCAAAAUAAUACAAUUACAAUAUCAUAUCUUUAACAAUGUACCUGAUAGGAACAGCACAAAAUUGCACGUCAUGCAAUGCACGGCUCACCAUCCAACUCUGCACUCACGCACUGUACACAAUAUACAAACCCCCCACCAGACACAGUAAGUUGCUAGCUAGUAUUAGCUGGAAUUCUCUACAACAAAAUGCACAACAUAUAUUCACUAAAAAACACUGCGUCUUAUGUGUGAUGUUCGAAUAACAUUUACAAACAAAUUGAUAUAAAUUAUACAUUUACAUCAUCACUUGGGAGUAUAAAAAUCACUUUUGACGUACAGUGCUUUGCAACCAACAACUUACCACUGGUUUGGUGUUUGUUCACUGGGACGAUUCUAACUGAAACAUCCUCCCUCGUAAGCAAGCUAUGCCAACCAGCCAAUAAGAUGCCAUGUUGAGUAGGUGAAGGCAAGACAAAACCAAAAACCCAUUGGCUUAACAAUAAAGUGGCAAGGGGAAUCACCAAUAUAACUCUGUUACACUGGCACUCAAGCCCAACCACUUACUUACUUGGUCUUUACCAUGCCAAGUGGAGCAAUAGGCCUUCCUCCAUCUCUUCCUGUUCUGGGCAAAGCUAACACAUGCAUAGACUUCUCUAAGAUGUAUGUAAAUGACAAAUAAUGGCUUUCGUUGAUGACUGCUGUGGACUAGGAGGAGCAGAUGCUCAGUACACUGAGUGGGGAGCGAACGGGAGAUGCAACACUGCCAGACCACCAACAGGUGGAGCCAAACAACACAUCUCCCAGCAGCCUCAGGACAGAGGACGGAACCCUAGACGUACCAGAUGUACCAGCCAGGUCAUGGGGCAGGAGCCAAUCACUGCCUGUCUACGCUGAAAUCCUGGUAUAUUUCAUACAAAUGUGUUUAAAUCCCACAUGAUGUCCAUCAUAACCAGAAAACUUGGGAUAGAUUGAAUUAUGGGUCCUCCGUGCUUUGAAAUUAGUUGCCUAUUCUCUCUUUUCAUAGGCAAACCUUGGGUGCGCGGCUCGUGCUAAGAACGGAUUGGCUGAUACACAAGAAGAGGAGGAGGCGACACCUACACCAAGCACACCAAAGGUAUGGGUACCGUAUUACCUCAGUGUAUAGUACUGUAAACCAAAAAUAAUUUGAAGAGACUGGAUGUAUGAGGAAAACUCCCUUAAUCUGUGAGAAAUGUUUAACCUAUACCUCUCUAGCAGAUAGAUAAGGGAGAAAAGGAAGAGAAAGUGGAGGACGAAGAAAAUAUUUCCCAGACACGAUCCACCAGUAGCAUAGCAGUCGAAGAGCUGGACUUCUACCACCCCGACCCCUUCAUUCACUGUGAAUCUGAACGUGAGUAUCUAUCUGUUCUCUGUUCCAUAUGAUUUGAUGACGAUGAUGAUGAUGGUGGUACUGAUGAUAACGGUGAUGAUGAUGAUAAUGAUGAUGAUGGUGGUGAUGAUGGGGAUGAUGAUAAUGAUGAUGAUGGUGGUGAUGAUGGGGAUGAUGAUAAUGAUGAUGAUGGUGGUGAUGAUGGGGAUGAUGAUAAUGAUGAUGAUGGUGGUGAUGAUGGGGAUGAUGAUAAUGAUGAUGAUGGUGGUGAUGAUGGGGAUGAUGAUAAUGAUGAUUAUUUUCUUUUUGCAGAUGACCUUUUCAAAGAUGACGACCUCUUUGCCAAAACUGAUAAAUCUGGUGAGUGAAGUUCGUAUCUAAAACUUUGACAAUCUGAUUAUGAUACGCUAUAGCAUUAUCCAGGCCUCUAAUUCUGUUGCGACUGAUCCUUUAUCGUAGAUGAUGACCCGUUCAAAGGCACAGACCCCUUCGCUGCAGACAUCCUCUUUCCAGAGGGGACAGAGGAGCCCUAUCCCUCUGCUGACCCAGACACCCCUGCCCGCCUGGAACCUGGAUCUAAUGACGAGACAGACAACAGCCUCUCCUGCGCUGAGAACAAAGCCUCCACUGGCACCCAGUGCUUCGAGUCCGAGUUCCCGAACGAGGACGAAUCCAGCGAUAUAGAAAUCAGUUACAGCAGGGAGGAUCUGGACACUGUUCACACGGACGCUGUUGAACUCUCCUUUGUUGAUCCCCAAACCUUAAUCAUGACCGAACGCUUGGGUUUCAAGCCCAUCUAUGUAGUUCAAACCUUGGAUACUGAAUUAGAUGACGCAGAUGAACCCGGCAUAGCUUCUGGGCGCGAACCCUUCAGUCAAGCAUCCAGGGCCAACACCUGGGCUGCUGGACCCAACUUCUCCACCGAAUCAGACCCCAAUGGAUACGAGUUUGACAUCAACGCAGUAUCCCCGCCUUCCGACAUAGAAGAGAUCGACAUCACUCUUGGAUCUAUACCAGUUGACUUUGACGUUGUGCCACCUAGGUACGACUCCGUGGAACCCAGCUACCCUAUUGGGAUUCAGGCUUGUGACUCAGAACAUGCCGGAACAGGUGGAUGCGACCUUCCUGAACCCAGCCCUCCUAUGCCCACCCGCCCGGUCCGUCCACCUAGACGCCUCAAAGGGGGAGCGUCAACUGACCUUUUAGAAGAGCCAGACACUCCCAAAGCUGAAGGCUGUGAUCCAGGUUCUUCCAACCGCUCUGCAGAUUCAGAGCUGGACAGUGCUAUCGGGAUUGACCCUCUCACCAGCUCAGCUGAACACAACAGUAAAUUCAGCUUCGGAAACAAUAGUUUUGAGCUGAACUACGAGCCCAACUACGAGCCCAGUAGUCAAACUUCGUACAACUAUGGAUUUAAACUCAGUCCCGAACACCACAGCGAAGAGAUCCUAAAUCCUUUUGGCGCUGAACUCAGCGAUGAAGAAGCUGACAACCAAGCCUCAUUUGAUCCUUACGAAUUUGAGCCUACUGCUCAAUCUGAGAGCCAAGACGAGUUCGACCCUUACGAGUUUGGACAUACAUCUCAUGCUACCAACCGAGACACAUUUGACCCCUAUGGUUUCAAACUCGCAAGUUUUGACACUGACAACCAAGCUAUCGUCGACUUACACAGUGGCGAUGAUACAAACCUUGAAGACAAUAAUAACACAAACAAAAGGGACCCCUUUAGCUUCGAUUUCAGUAACGCAGCAUCAAUGGACCACUAUAGUUCAGAACCCAGUAAUACUGCAACAAUGGAUCUCCUUGGUCUGGAACUCAGCAGAGCCAACAGUGUUGCUGAGUCAGACUGUAACAAUCCUACACCGUCUGACCCAAUAGGAACAGUACAAACUAUGGCAGCUGGAAGCGACCUACUGGACCUGGACCUUGUGUUUGGAAGCAGUAGUUAUGGUAACCCUGAUGUCACCCCUGACCUCGACCCCUGUGAACCUAGACCGGGAAACCCCGCUGGUCCAGACAACUUUGAAUUCAGAGUGAGAGACACCGCCCACUCCGAAUCUGUAGACACCGUUUCUGACUGGAUGACUGUUAAGGUCAGUGGCUCUGUUGUUUGACACUCUGUGGACAUGUGUGUUCUGGAUGUGUGUGUGUUUACUGUAUAGUUGUGUAUGUGGUAUACUGUAAGAGGGUGUGUGUAGCUGUGGGUUUGUGUGCAAGCAUGGGCAUGUGUGUGUGUUAGUUUGUGCAUGUGUGCAUAUUUUACAGUUUACGAUCCAGUGACAGUAACUUGAACUAUCAUUUGUAUUCUUGCCUCACAGACCAACUCCAGGGAAUCCUUGUCAUUCAGCCCAGUCAACCCCCGCACACACAGCCUGGACAAAUGAACCAUUCCCUGGGAGGAAUCACCAGUGUGGCCAUGACUAUGCAGUACAGCCCAACAAUGGGGAAGUAG